AUGUCUAAUCCAUUGAGAUCUUCUGGUAACAGUGCGUCGCCCUUUAUAAAAAGGGAACAGCACAGGCGAGAAUUCCUCAGGUCAAGAAGUAAGAAGAACGCUACCCCCAAGCCUUUUGUCAAGAAGGAAGACCCAGAUGCUUAUGACGAGCGGACCAGUCAGAUUUUACAGGGCAGUGGAAGUAGCUCUAAAAAAGUUAAACAAGAAAAUGGUGCCGAAUAUAAUGAAUUUCCCUUGAGGGCAGUGUCUAGUGAGAAGUUGGAGAAUAUUAGAACACACAUCUUGAAAUUUCAAAGUAAGAAGAAGAUAGACCCCACCAAAGACUUUCAUCUUCCGAUCCGUUUGCAUCGCAAGGAUACUAGGAACCUACAAUUUCAAUUAACAAGGGCAGAAAUUGUACAAAGACAAAAAGAAAUUGCUGAGUUCAAGAAUCGGGCAGACGAAGAAGAAAAGGGCGAUGAGAACUCGAGCAAGACAAAUACCCCUAGUGUUAUUGAUGUCGAAGAGGCUCCUUCAACGUCGUCUGUGAAAGAGGAACCAAAAUCUCCGGAGACUCCUGCACAACCGACACCUCCUGUUACAGUUCUAGAGGAAGCAGGCCCUGCUGAAGAUCCCACUAAAGUCGGAAUGGUCAAAUACGAUGGGCAGGAGCAACCUGCAAUUGAUGAAGAUGAAAGUGCUGAUCCAUUUGCCGAUGUUGCUCCUGAUGGAGGUGGACGUUACAGAAGAGGUAACUCAAAGAGAAAAACACGGCAAUUGAAAUUGCUAGAUGAAAAUGCAAAAAGGCUGAGAUUCGAAGAAUUCUAUCCUUGGGUCAUGGAAGACUUUGAUGGUUUAAAUACGUGGGUGGGAUCAUAUGAGGCAGGAAACUCAGACUCAUAUGUAUUAUUAAGUGUCGAAAAUGACGGAAGUUUUACGAUGGUACCUGCAGACAAGGUUUACAAAUUCACAGCUAGAAAUAAAUAUGCUACCCUAACAAUCGAAGAAGCUGAAAAGCGUAUGGAGAAGAAUGGAAAGGGUGUUCCUCGUUGGUUGAUGAAACAUUUGGAUGAUAUUGGCACCACGACGACGAGAUAUGAUAGAACAAGAAGAAGGCUUAAAGCUGUAGAUGCACGCGAAGGUGAUGAUGAGGACAGAGGAGACAAUUCCGAAGUAGAGCUAGAUUUUGAUGAAGAAUUUGCAGAUGACGAGGAAGCUCCAAUUAUUGAUGGCAAUGAACAGGAAAACAAAGAAUCCGAAGACAGAAUAAAAAAGGAAAUGCUACAGGCUAAUGCCAUGGGUCUACGUGAUGAUGAGGAAAUUGAUGAUGAUUUAUUUGGAGAAAAAAAAAUCGACGAUGAGGGUGAAAGAGUUAAAAAAGCAUUGCAAAAGUCAGAUGCUGCCGCUCUUUAUGAGUCUGACGAUGAUGAAUUAAACCCAUACUUAUCGGAAUCGGAUUUGGAAGAUCAAGAUGCAAACACAGUUAAACAGGAAGAUCAAGAGAAUGGGAAAUCGAGCAGAAAAGGCUCACCCAAAAAGAAAUCGUCCAGAGGAAGCCCUACGGCCCCUCAGAUCUACGUCAAGAGUAUUAAAGAUUGCAUGAUUGUUUUGAAAGCUGGAAAAUCAGUAUUGAAUAAUUUCCCAUCGGGAGAGUGGAAUCCACAGGCAAAAAAGCGUUCUUCGGAACAGCCUGCGGAUCUAGGAUCUGCAAAAGGCGGCGCUGAAAGUGAUGAAAAUGCGGAGAACCUUUUAACAGAAGACGACAUUAUCAACGCAGUAUCAGGUAAGAGGAUGACUUUGAAACAGCUUAUCAGGGAGCUCAGAGAAAAAGUAUCUAAGCAUCCAUCGAACAAAGAAAGAAUGAAACUAUUAGUGAAACGAUUGGUGAAACUCAAUGAUGGCUAUCUUGAACUUAACAAGUGA